UCUCGCGAGCCUCUCGCGAGUGUGGGGUGCGGGACGGGCCUGUGGGCUCGGUGGGUCUGGCUCCGCUCGAUUCCCCCCGCCUCCAGCUGGUCCUCCCCAGGGCGCUGGGUCCCGGGUCCUCAGCUCCCCCCGGGGCCGCUCCUCCUCAGAGCCCCAUCCUCCCCUCGCCCCCGACCCGUCCGCCUCAGAGCUGCCUCCGCCCGGUCCCGGCCCGUCCUCUGGGCGCUGGGUCCCCGGUCUCGGCCCCUCCCCCGCCCGACGUCCCCGGGGGCCCCCACCCAGGCCCCGGGCCGACCCCUCCCCGGGCUCCCGGCAGGAUGGGGGACAACACCAGCCCCAUCAGCGUGAUUCUGGUGAGCUCGGGGAGCCGCGGCAAUAAGCUGCUCUUCAGGUACCCUUUCCAGAGGAGCCAGGAGCAUUCGGCGUCCCAGACGAGUAAGCCUCGUAGCAGAUAUGCUGUCAACAGCGCCGGAGAGCAUGCUGAAGACCAGGAUGGGGACCCCAGGUUUUCAGAUGUCAUUCUGGCAACAAUUUUGGCAACCAAGUCUGAAAUGUGUGGCCAGAAGUUUGAACUGAAGAUCGACAACGUGCGGUUUGUUGGGCACCCGACGCUGCUGCAGCACACGCUGGGCCAGGUCUCCAAAACUGACCCGUCCCCGAAGAGGGAGGCUCCCACCAUGAUUCUUUUCAAUGUGGUGUUUGCACUGAGGGCCCACGCGGACCCGUCGGUGAUCGGCUGUCUGCACACCCUCUCCCGCCGCAUCGCCACCGUGCUGCAGCACGAGGAGCGCCGCUGCCAGUACCUCACGCGGGAGGCCAAGCUGAUCCUGGCGCUGCAGGACGAGGCGUCCGCCGCGGCCGACGCAAAUGACGGGCCUCAGUCCCCAUUCCACCACAUCCUGCCCAAGUGCAAGCUGGCCAGGGACCUCAAGGACGCUUAUGACAGCUUGUGCACGUCUGGGGUGGUGCGGCUCCACGUCAACAGCUGGCUGGAGGUGAGCUUCUGCCUGCCCCACAAGAUCCACUACGCGGCCAGCAGCCUCAUCCCGCCAGAGGCCAUCGAGCGCAGCCUGAAGGCCAUCCGCCCGUACCACGCCCUGCUGCUGCUCAGCGAUGAGAAGUCCCUGCUGGGCGAGCUCCCGCUUGACUGCUCCCCGGCCCUGGUGCGCGUGAUCAAGACCACGUCCGCCGUGAAGAACCUGCAGCAGCUGGCCCAGGACGCAGACCUGGCCUUGCUGCAGGUUUUCCAGCUUGCGGCCCACCUGGUGUACUGGGGCAAGGCCAUCAUCAUCUACCCGCUGUGCGAAAACAACGUCUACAUGCUGUCUCCCAACGCCAGCGUGUGUCUGUACUCCCCGCUCGCCGAGCAGUUCUCACGCCAGUUUCCAUCUCACGACCUGCCGUCUGUCCUUGCCAAGUUCUCCUUGCCUGUCUCCUUGUCAGAAUUCAGGAACCCCCUGGCCCCCCCUGUACAGGAGACGCAGCUCAUCCAGAUGGUGGUGUGGAUGCUGCAGCGCCGGCUCCUGGUGCAGCUGCACACCUACGUCUGCCUGAUGGCCUCGCCCAGCGAGGACGAGCCCCGCGCCCGCGAGGAUGACGCGCCCCUGGCCACCAGGGUGGGCGGCCGCAGCCUCAGCACGCCCAAUGCCCUCAGCUUUGGCUCCCCAACCAGCAGCGACGACAUGACCCUCACCAGCCCCAGCAUGGACAACUCCAGCGCUGAGCUGCUCCCCAGCGGGGACUCGCCGCUGAACAGGAGGAUGACAGAGAGCCUGCUGGCCAGCCUGUCUGAGCACGAGCGGGCCGCCAUCCUCAGUGUGCCUGCGGCCCAGAACCCCGAGGACCUCCGCAUGUUUGCCAGGCUCCUGCACUACUUCCGCGGCCGCCACCACCUGGAGGAGAUCAUGUACAACGAGAACACGCGGCGCUCCCAGCUGCUGGCGCUCGUGGACAAGUUCCGCAGCGUGCUGGUGGUGACCACCCACGAGGACCCGGUCAUCGCCGUCUUCCAAGCCCUGCUCCCGUGAGCUGGGCGGGGGCACUGCCUCUCACCCCCGGCUCCCUCCCACUGCGGGGCCUCGCUCUCCUCAUCUUCAUCUUCAGGACAGCCUCAGGGGCCCUGGGCUGCGAAGGUGAGGCUUGAGGUAGGGGUGCAACCAGCACGUGGGCCUCUUGAGGGCUGCAUGCCUCCCACACGAUUCUGCCUGUGUCCUUCGCCGCCUUGUCUGGCCCAGCACUGCCUGCCUGCGGGCACCUCCCCAGCACGCCCACCAGCACUCUCCCGCGUGGGCCUCUGGAGGCUGUGGCCAAGCAGUCCCCUCCGUGGCCCCCUGAGGCACCAGGACCUGGCUCAGGAUGUCCUGUGGGGAGUUGCUCUGCUUCUCCUGGGGUGUGUCUGCUGUGGUGGCCCCACCCCGGGGUGGCCUUAGGCCUGAGAGAAAGUGGGCAUGGUGGCCCUGGGUCCUUCCGGAGCAGAGCUGGCUGCCAGGGGGGCUCUGGCCAAGGUGCACAGGACACUCGUCUAGAAACACAGCAUUUAUUUCGCUUGUAAACAAUUAAAAGUCCUUGUGGGAGCAGG